AUGGAGGCUCAGCUGCCCAAGACUACCUACUCUUCGGAGUCUGUCAACUCUCGCCACACCAGAAACACUGGUCGCAUCACCUCCCGUACCUAUCUUCGCAAGACUUCUGGCGGCUCUGUUCGAUCUAACAUGGCUGUUCACUCCGAAGACCAUGACAUUGGUACUUCUGCUUCCACUUCUCAGCAAGUUGACAACACUUCUGUCGCUGAGCACCACUCUACCCCCGCUAUCACUGAUGCAUCCAUCACCACUGCCACUUCUGUCCGGGACACUCCUGUCGUUCAGUACGCUACUCUCCGCAACACCGUCCACAACAACCAGGUUUCUCCUGUCUCGGCUCACUCCCCCCGCAUUCGCCCUCUUGCUGCUCUCAGUGGUGGUAUCCGUUCCAACAAUGGUGUUGUCUAUGAUGCUCAGAAGCUUCUCCCCAUGGCUGAACAGCUUGAGGCUGCACGUGCUGAUUCCCGAUUCCCCAACACCACUACUUCUUACACCAAUGCUCAAGCAGUCAUUGAUGACUUCGAGCACCUCCUUGCUCUUGAGCAGCAUGUUCGUGGCAGCCAAGAUCACAUCACUCUUUACGUUGAGAAUGUCCGUCGCAUCCAGGAGCGGGACUCUCAGAUCGUUCAUGACAACCAUGAUGCUCAUGUCCGCCACACUGUUCAAGGUCUUCUCCGCAAUCAGGAUGUUGGUGAAGAUCUCCACGCCAUCGUUCGCCAGGCUGCUAGAACCGCUAGUGCCAACGCUGUCGAGCGAGCUCUCGCCAAUCACAACCAGAUCAGUCAUUCUGAUGUUGUUCGUGACAUCUCUCAGGCUGUCAUUCACACCAUGGCUCAAGAAGGUCUCGUUUCUGACCAGGCGGUUGACAAUAUUGACGCAAUCCUUGAGGAUGUCUUCUCCGUCAUCGAGACUAGAAUUCUUGAUGCUACUGGUCCUCUUCGCCUCAACGUCAACCGCAUGCGCGAUGUCAACGACAACCUUCACGCUCAUGACAACAAUCUUCACGCUCAUGAUAACAACCUUCGCACUGUCACCAACACUCUUGACACCAACCUUGGAAACAACCUCAAUAACUUGACCACUCAAGUUGGUGCCAUCAACACUCACGUUGGAGCUGUUGGUACUCAUGUCAACGCUCUCAGCACUCUGAUGCAAGUCAUGAACGGCACUGCUACUCGAACCAACGAUCAGGUUGGCCAGUUCACACAGCAACUCAACAGUCUUCAGCAGGUUACUGCCAUGCUCCCUGCUCUCAUCCGAGAGAUCGUUCAGCAGAUUCUUCCCGGUGCUGUUCAGACCGCUCUCACUCAGGUCCUCGCCGGUUCUCUUCAAGGUGCCAAUGCCAAGGCUUCUUUCAUGGUCGCUGCUCAGACCAUCGCUGCUACUCAAAACCAGCCCAAUGGUUCUGACAAGAAGAAUUCCAAGUCCCCCAAGAAGGGCAAGAAGCGUGGCUUCUUUUCCCGUCUCUUCAAGCGUGGUGGUGGCAAGAAGGACGGUGAGGAUGGUGCUUCUGGUACCAGCAACUAA